UAGACCUUCUCUGCAAAGGGCUUUCCGAUACGCUCAUCAAGAUAUGGUUAGAUAUUUUAGUCUAGUUGCUCAUACUCGAUAUAUUCAUGUAGCUAUUUUCAUCGGAAGGUUCGGUAAGCUUCCCCAGGUUUAGUCCAUGAGACUCAAGCCCUUUUGUGGUUUAGGUCGGAAAUGGGCUAAGGAAGGUGGGCUGGCCAGGCUGAGCGGCUGUUAAACAUUUGAGCUCUGAGGUCGCAGCAGGAACAGGGCAAAAGGCCUCCCAGUGAUUUAGGGGCCGAAGGUCAGGCCCAGGGCCCACCCUCUCUCAGCCACCGAGUGUUCACUUGGGGAAUGUCCUGCAUGCAAGAGAGGAGACAGCUGGAUAUCGGACUAUCUCGGGAGCCCAGGGGAAAGAGCAAAUGGCUGCCGUUUCUUCCAGAAGGGGCCAGUCUGGACUGGACUGCUGAGGAAGGCCAGGAGGGCAUCCUGCGCUGCCACCCGGACCUGGCGGGCCGCGAGCUGCAGCGGGGCACGCUCACGGCCGAGUCGCAGCGGGAACAGAGCGGCGCGGGCCUGACGAGCCUGGGCGCGGACGAGCGGCUCCAGCUGGCCGAGCUCAACGCGCAGUACCGCGCGCGCUUCGGCUUCCCCUUCGUGCUGGCCGCGCGCCUCAGCGGCCGGGCUGCGGUGCCCCGCGAGCUGGCGCGCCGGCUGCACUGCCCGCCCGCACAGGAGCUGCGCACCGCUCUGGGCGAGGUGAAGAAGAUCGGCCGCCUGCGCCUCGCCGACCUCUUCGGCGCCGACCCCGCCCGGCUGUAGCUGCCACCCAGGCCGGGGACCCGGGACGCACGGCGGGACGAGCGGGAGCCCCGGCCUGGAGCGGUGCGUGCCGGGCGGGAGGCUGACUCCGGCCUGGAGCCAGCGUCCACACGCGCGCACCACGGAAGUGGAGAAUUGAGGCAGUCAUACGAGUAAUGAGCCCCUUUAUCCACUGACCCACAUGCACACGCGUUGCCAAAAUAUCUAUAUAGUUUAGUGCUUUGCCCCGAUUUAUCCAGCUCACUGCUUCAAUUCUUCCCUCCCUUUGCGGCCUGCUGACACCGCCAGCCUUUGUGGAUCUCAACGCGCUUAUCCAGCUCCUGUUGGCUCCCCACUCUCUCCUGCUAAGCCUGAGCUGCAAAGCAAAACGGACGGAAAAAGAAUCAUUUAUUCCACA